GUGUGAAUGUCCUCAAUGUCCAUCUCAGAACAAAACGCGAACUUUGUAGGGCCGCAUCUACCACCAAAUCAUAAACGGAACACUACAGACGAAGGAAGUGACGAGGAAAUUAAGAAGUCUGAUGGGUUGAAGGAAAGUACAUCAAGGGGAACCAGUGGUUUCUUUGGUCCAGCUUUGCCACCUAACUUUAAAACAAAUGUCGAUGAUGAAAGUGUUUCAAAGAAAUUAUCCCUACCAUGUCGUAUAGGACCCUUAAAACCUCCAGGGCUCACCGAAACUCCCAGCUGUCACCGUGAAGAUGAUGUGUAUGGGCCGAUGCCCCUAGGCUCUGAGGCUGGCAAACGAUCGUUCGUCCAGAGCUUACUGGAAACUCAAGCCAAGGAACUGAGGCUGAAACUAGCUGAGAGUAGUCAAGAUGAUGGAACUUCUAAUACUAAGAAGCGGGAAACUUGGAUGCUCGAACUCCCUGCUGCAAGUUCGGCUGCCAUUGGCCUUGGGCCAAGAUCUUUCAGAUUAAAGGAAGGACCAGAUAUGAGUGAUCGAUCGUCCUGGACAGAUACACCCGAAGAUAAACAACGUAAAGAGCGACUUGGCAGGGUAAAAGAAGAAGGUAAACCAUUGGAUUCUAAAGAGGAGUCACGGCAAAGAGCCAAUGAAGCCAAAGAAAAGUUCAUGACGGAGCAGCUGCGAAAGUUAAAGAAGAAACGGAAAGAGAAGUCAUUGCUGGAAGAGCAUCAAGAGAAGUUGCGGAAAAAAAGAAAGGAAGAUAAGAAAAAAAGGAAAGGAGAACCUGAAGAGCGGAGACCUUUCACGCGGGAAAUUGAUUUACAAGUUAAUCGAUUCGACGAAGCUAAAAGAAAAUCAGCUAUAAAAAAAGCAGGAUUACUGGAUGAUAGAUUUUCAAGCGGAGAAUCGAAAUUUUUAUAAAAAUAAUUUUGUCUCUUUUUUUUAUCUUGAUAAAAGAAUGUAAAAAAAUAAAAUAAUGUAUCAUAAGAAAUCGAAAUAAAUGAUCAAUAAGUCAA